UCUCACACACACCCACAAAACACGUCAAAAACACACACACACAUACUCACACUCAAAAGAAACUGAAACUGUAUUUGCCGACAGCUCUAACAAUUUUAUAAAAAUCCACAAAAUCCGGUUACAGAUAGAUUGAUAGAAGGAAGGAGGAGGAAGGAUGGGGAUAGUGAGCACAAUAAUGGGAACAUUUGGAUUUGGAAUUGGAGUGCCACUUGGAAUGGUUAUGGGUUAUUAUUUCUUCAUCUAUUUUCAACCUUCUCAUGUUGAGGAUCCCAAAGUGCGCCCUUUGGUCGAAAGAGAUACAAAGUCUCUGCAAGAGAUGCUGCCUGAGAUACCUAUGUGGGUCAAAAAUCCUGACCAUGAUAGGGUUGACUGGCUAAACAAGUUUAUCGAAUUAAUGUGGCCAUAUCUAAACAAGGCUAUCUGCAACACUGUAAAGACGAUAGCAGAACCUAUCAUUAAAGAGCAGAUUCCAAAGUACAAAAUUGAUGCAGUUGAAUUUGAUACUCUUUCGUUAGGCAGCCUACCACCUACAUUUCAAGGAAUGAAAGUUUAUACGACAGAUGAGAAGGAGUUAAUAAUGGAACCAUCGUUGAAGUGGGCUGGAAAUCCUAACAUACAUGUUGCUGUUAAGGCGUUCGGAAUGAGGCCUACUGUUCAGGUGGUAGACUUGCAAGUAUUUGCUGCACCUCGUAUCACUUUAAAGCCAUUGGUUCCAAGCUUCCCGUGCUUCUGUCAAAUUCUUGUAUCUCUCAUGGAAAAGCCUCAUGUUGAUUUUGGGCUAAAACUGCUCGGAGCCGACGUCAUGUCUGUCCCUGGCUUGUAUAGAUUCGUUCAGGAACUUAUUAAAACUCAGGUUGCAAAUAUGUACCUGUGGCCUAAAACACUUGUGGUACCCGUACUCGACCCUGCAAAAGCGAUGAAAAGGCCCGUUGGAAUGCUACAUGUGAAGAUUGUGAAGGCAAUGAAACUUAAAAAGAAGGAUCUUUUGGGUGCUUCUGAUCCUUACGUAAAACUGAAACUUACUGAGGAAAAACUUCCACAUAAGAAAACUUCUGUCAAACACAAAAACUUGAAUCCCGAGUGGAAUGAAGAAUUUAAAUUGAUUGUCAAAGAUCCAGAAUCACAAGCUCUUGAGAUUGUUGUGUAUGACUGGGAACAGGUGGGGAAACAUGAUAAGAUGGGGAUGAAUGUUGUUCCACUAAAAGAGGUCACAGCAGAUGAAGAAAAAGUUAUGACUCUUGAGCUCCUAAAGAAUAUGGACCCAAAUGACACCCAAAACGAGAAGUCUCGAGGCCAAAUCAUGAUCGAAUUGCUGUACAAGCCAUUCACAACUGAUGAAGUACCGGCUGAUGGUGAAGGUGAAAAUGCAAUCGAAAAGGCACCUGAAGGAACCCCUGUAGGUGGAGGUUUGCUUGUUGUUAUAAUCCAUCAAGCCGAAGAUCUUGAAGGGAAACACCAUACGAAUCCAUCUGUUCGUGUGCUUUUCAGAGGGGAAGAGAAAAAAACAAAGCCUGUGAAGAAAAAUCGUGAUCCGAGAUGGGGAGAAGAAUUUGCAUUUACCUUGGAAGAACCACCCACAAAUGAUAGGAUACAUUUUGAAGUCGUUAGCACAUCUUCAAGGAUGGGUCUAAUUCAUCCCAAGGAAACACUCGGUUAUGUGGACAUUCAACUCGCAGAUGUAGUGAGCAACAAGAGAAUCAAUGGGAAGUACAACCUAAUUGACUCGAGGAAUGGUACACUUCAGGUGGAGUUGCAGUGGAGAACAUCGUCUUAGAUUGUGGGUAUUCUAUUUUGAAGAACGUCAGAAGAAUCUAAUCACAUGAUCUUCAACAUCCUACUAUCUUACUGAUAAACUCGAAUACAACUAAGUGAAAUGUUUGAUGUCACUAAACAGGUUGCCUUUUGAAUACAAGUUCUACUGGUGUGUAAGUUGUGCAAAUAAAUGGGCCGUUUUUUUUCCUGUUACACUAUUAGGAAGACAAAAAAAAAAGUUUAUAGAUUCAUUAGAGCUUUGACUCUCAUUAUUAUUA